UUUUUUAUUCGUCGGUUUGGGAUACUGCGGAAAAAAAUAUUACAAUAAUACCAAAAAGGAAAAAAAAAAUUAAUAAAUACGAGGAUGUUUGUUAUGUUAUGUACCUGCACUCUCCAGCAUUGGUUCGGGGUUCUGAUCUGAACACUGAUUCUCAGUACCCUUUGGAAUCCCCUUUCACAAAACCAAGACUUCGACAGAUACUACGUUGUGUUCACACACCAUGAAGAACAUCUUCUCUAAGAAACCAUCUCCCAAAGAGGUUCUUAGGGAGAGUAAACGAGAAAUGGCAAAUGCUACUAGAGGUAUAGAGAAGGAAAUUAGUGCAUUGCAAUUGGAAGAAAAGAAGCUUGUUGCUGAGAUAAAGAGAACUGCUAAGACAGGAAAUGAGGCUGCAACUAAAAUUCUAGCACGGCAGUUGAUCAGGCUUAGGCAACAAAUAGCUAAUCUUCAAGGUAGUCGAGCUCAGAUGAGGGGCAUAGCAACUCACACACAGGCGAUGCAUGCUCAGUCCUCCAUUGCUGUUGGCAUGAAAGGUGCCACUAAGGCAAUGGCAGCUAUGAAUAAGCAAAUGGCACCUGCAAAGCAGGCCAAAACUAUACAGGAGUUCCAGAAACAAUCAGCACAAAUGGAUAUGACCACUGAAAUGAUGUCGGAUGCCAUAGAUGAAGCCUUGGAUGAUGAUGAAGCUGAAGACGAGACUGAAGAGCUGACAAAUCAGGUGCUUGAUGAAAUUGGCGUUGACGUUGCCUCACAGUUAUCAGCAGCCCCCAAAGGGAGAAUCAAAUCAAAGAAUACCGAAAAUGUUGGCAGCUCUGGCAUUGAUGAACUUGAGGAGCGUUUGGCCGCUCUUAGAAACCCAUAAUAUUUUGUUCAAAGAUUAUGAUUCCCAUUAAACUCAGUUGUAAAUUCUUUCCAUAACUCCUUCAAUGUAAUGGAAUGGAUUCUAAGCUGAGAUAGAGAAUAUAUACCAUAGUACUUGUAAUUGGGGAUGGAAAGAACAUUAAAUCACAGAACAUCAUAACUAAGUUUGAUGCUAUCUGUAAAUGCAACUAUGCAAAAAUACUAAGUUGUUGUAUGUUCUGGGUGAUAAAAAAAUGAUGUCCCCAUUUAUGUUGA